GAAUAGAAUCUAUCACAACCCAUCGAAUUCCCUCCACAGAUCAUUUCACUGCAAUGGCCACCGAGAACACCACGCACAAGGUCACCCUGACUGGCCCUCAAGAGACGCUGCUGGCGACGCUCUACGGCCGGUCUAGAGACGCCGCCCGUCCUAACUCGGUCCUCCACGACAAAUGGGCCGUCGAGACGGUGGAAAAGAUUGACUACGACUUCUCCAAAAUCGGCAUGAACGACACGAGCUGUGUCGGCGUCUCCAUCCGCGCCCUCGUUCUUGAUACCUGGACCACCGAGUUCCUCGCCGCACACCCGUCUGCAACUGUCAUCCAUCUCGCAUGUGGCCUCGAUUCCCGCAAUGUCCGUGUACCAUUCGGAUCCGGAGUUCGCUGGAUUGACCUCGACCUACCGGACGUCGUGGCUCUUCGAAAUGAGCUGCAGCUCCCCGUCCCAGACGGCGACUACACACUCAAGGCUGGGUCCGCCACUGAACCCGACGAGUGGCUUGGCGACAUCCCCGCUGACCGGCCUGCCAUCGUGGUCCUAGAGGGUCUGACCAUGUACCUCGAGGAAGACAAGGGCAGACAUAUGUUUGAGCGACUCGUCAGUCAUUUUCAGGCGGUCGGAGGCCAAUUUGCCUUUGACGCGUACGGCACUGUCGCCAUUCGUCUCCAGAAGAGGAUUAAGCCUGUCGCAAUGACUGGGUCCCAGCUGAGCUGGGGUAUUGACGACCCUAAGCUUUUUGCAUCAUGGUUCCCCGGCCUCAAACUUCUCAACGAGUAUCUGUCAGUCGACAUGCCUCGUCAAGAGAGCUUGCCACUGGCCGGGAAGAUACAGCUCUGGGUUGCUGCACACUUGCCAUAUCUUCGCGAUGCGGGCCGUGUGUUACGGUAUGAGUUUGGACCUAAGGAUGAAGCUGUAACUGCACCAUCCACAAAUUAAUCUCCGUGUAUGACAUAACUAGGCAUUCUCCUUCAUAAACCUGUAAUUAUUCAAUACCCAUUUUUUUAAUGCAUUUGCCUGGUUAUAGUGCCAGCAUUAUAUACCACUGGCCCCACAACACAGUCAAGUUGUCGCCGAU